AUGGCAUUUGGUGCUUCAGGAGGACGUGGAGGCUUUGGCGGACGCGGAGGAGGGGAUCGUGGUGGACGAGGCGGGGGUCGGGGUGGAGGACGAGGAGGUUCUUUCGGUGGACGAGGCGGUGAUCGUGGUGGACGUGGAGGUGGUCGCGGUGGUGGUCGCGGUGCGCCAGGCGGGCGUGGUGCGCCUCGUGGAGGGCGUGGAGGUCGUGGAGGCGCUAGAGGAGGUGCCAAGGGUGGUGCCAAGGGUGGUGCCAACACUGUUCUGGAACCCCACAGACAUCCUGGUGUCUUCAUCGCGAAAGGAAAAGACCACAUGUUGGUCACCAAAAAUCUUGUCCCCGGAGACUCUGUGUAUGGUGAGAAGCGGAUAACAAUCGAUGGAGGCGUCGAGGGCACGAAAACAGAAUAUCGUGUCUGGAAUCCCUUCCGCUCUAAGUUGGCUGCUGGUGUUUUGGGCGGUCUUGACCACAUUUUCAUUCAACCUGGUGCCAAGGUUCUUUACCUUGGUGCUGCCAGUGGAACAAGUGUCAGCCAUGUUGCUGAUAUCGUUGGCCCUGAGGGAAAUGUUUACGCCGUCGAGUUCUCACCACGUUCUGGCCGUGAUUUGAUCAACAUGGCGAAGAAGAGGACAAAUGUUAUCCCUAUCGUUGAGGAUGCCCGUCUACCAAACAAAUACCGAAUGCUCCUGCCCAUUGUCGAUGUUAUUUUCGCUGAUGUUGCUCAGCCCGACCAAGCCCGUAUCGUUACUCACAACGCCGAAAGUUUCCUCAAGGACGGUGGCCAUGUUAUCAUUUCCAUCAAGGCCAGCUGUAUCGACUCAACUGUGCCCGCGGAAACAGUCUUCGCCUCAGAAGUGCAGUACCUAAAAGAACACAACUUCAAGCCUCUCGAGCAGGUUACUCUGGAGCCUUACGAAAGAGAUCACGCAAUGGUCACUGCUUUAUAUUACCGCCACACAAAACCUGUAUAA